UUUUCAUUUCAGCCAGCAGCAACAGGACAAUUCAGCUGCAUUCCUGCCUGUGUAAUGUUUAUCUGACAGUGAAGUGCAGGGGGGCUGGGGAUUCCAACGCUGUAUUCAUCAGCUACAAACGAAAAAAAUUGCCGUGCAACAGCACAUGGAUUUCCGGACUACAUGUGAUGAGGCAAAGACAGGAAUUUGCUUGCUACAGGAUGGUAAUCAAGAACCUUUUAAAGUUCGACUCCACUUAGCCAAAGAUAUAUUAAUGAUCCAAGAACAAGAUGUGAUAUGUGUGUCUGGUGAGCCUUUCUAUUCAGGUGAAAGAACAGUCGGAAUCAGAAGACAAACUGUUGGAGGAUUUGGACUAAGUAUAAAGGGAGGAGCAGAACAUAAUAUUCCUGUUGUUAUAUCUAAGAUAUCCAAAGAACAAAGAGCUGAGCUUUCUGGCCUUCUAUUCAUAGGAGAUGCCAUUCUGCAGAUCAAUGGCAUAAAUGUAAGAAAAUGCAAACAUGAAGAAGUGGUACAGGUUUUACGAAAUGCUGGAGAAGAAGUUACAUUAACUGUAUCGUUUUUAAAGCGAGCACCUGCAUUCCUCAAAUUACCAUUGAAUGAAGACUGUGCCUGUAUCCCUAGUGACCAAAGCAGUGGUACAUCAUCCCCCCUUUGUGACAGUGGCUUGCAUCUCAACUACCAUCCUAACAACACGGACACAUUAUCAUGUUCCUCAUGGCCAGCAUCACCUGGGCUAAGAUGGGAAAAAAGAUGGGGUGACCUUCGACUGAUCCCACUCCUUCAUUCAAGAUUAUCGCAACAUAUUACAGGAACAGAUUUAUGCAGGCAAAAUGCAUUCCAGAUCACUGCUGUGGAUGGGGUUGGAAGUGGAAUUAUUCAGUGUUUAUCUGCUGAUGACUGCGCAGAGUGGAUGCAUUCUAUAUCAACUAAUAUUUCAAAUCUUACAAAGCACAACAUUAAAAAAAUCAACAGAAAUUUUCCAGUUAAUCAACAGAUAGUAUACAUGGGCUGGACAGAAGAACGAGAGCAGGAUACCCUACAAGACCACAUGUAUUCACCAAAGUUCCUUGCACUAAGAGGCUCAUCACUUUAUAAAUUUAAUUCACCUCCAGUUACUACAUGGGACUGGAUGCGAGCUGAAAAGAAAUUUACAGUAUAUGAGAUCAUGUGUAAAAUAUUUAAGGACAGUGACCUCUUGGACCGUCGGAAACAUUGCUUUGGUGUCCAAUCUGAAACUGGUGAAGACCUAUAUUUUUCUGUGGAGUUGGAGACUGAACUCUUGCAAUGGGAAAAAGCUUUCCAGAUGGCAACUUUCUUAGAAGUUGAACGGAUUCAGUGCAAAACAUAUGCUUGUGUGAUUGAAAGUCAUCUAAUGGGCCUUACCAUUGACUUUGGUAUGGGAUUCAUCUGCUUUGAUGCUGCAACCAAGGCUAUCCUCUGGAGAUAUAAGUUCUCUCAACUGAAAGGCUCUUCAGAUGAUGGAAAAAGUAAAAUUAAAUUUUUGUUUCAGAAAGAUACAAAACAAAUUGAAGCAAAGGAGCUGGAGUUCUCCAAUCUGUUUGCUGUACUUCACUGCAUUCAUUCAUUCUUUGCUGCUAAGGUAGCUUGCUUGGACCCUCUUUUUGUCGACAGUCAGGGAGCUGCAUCAGCUACAGUCACAACUUCUUCUUGUGCCACCAUGGGUGUUUGUAAAAUGAAAUACUCUGCUUGAUAAGUCUCGGAUACUGCACACAGAUAGCCGGGAAUAUAGAUACUGUGAAGAUGUAUUUAUUGACUUCAGGCAUUUUUGGAAUUAUGGAAUAAGAAUCCAGAUGAUGAAUGAGACUUGAUAUGUUUCAGCUGUUUUAAAGCAGGAAAAAAGUUUCAUGAGUUUAUGAAAUCACCUAUUGUAUAUUCUGAACUCAUCAUUUCAUGACUGUAGCUAUGAACCCAGAGGAAGAUGGGCACCUUUUUAAUAUGGUCUGUGUUUUAAUGUUAGUGCUCAAGAAAUACAAUAUAUAUAUAAAUAUGUAAAAAAAGAAAAAUACAAUAAAAAAAAUAGCACUUA